AUGGACACUAGAGUGCUGGGGGUGCUGGUCCUGGUGCUGGCCCUGGGGGUCUCCGGCUCGGCCGGGAACUACGUGGGCCUGUCGAAGGAGCAGUGCAUGGUGCCUCCCAAGGACCGGGUGGACUGCGGCUACCCCCAGGUCACCCCCGAGCAGUGCAACAGCCGCGGCUGCUGUUUUGAUGACAGUAUCCCAGAGGUGCCCUGGUGCUUCAAGCCUCUGCAGGAGACAGAAUGCACCUUCUGAAGCAAGUCUGCCGGCCCCGGACCCCCGAGCCCUGACACUGGCCCCCGCCAUCCGCACCCCGUCCUGGCUGCCCGG